AUGGCGCAGCCUGUGCUCCCGAGUCCGUCCAACUUUCUGGCCGUAGCGCUGGUCAUUAACAGAUCCCGUGAUGGUCCCAACUUCGUCUUUCACUACCCGCCACAUGUCUUGCCUCCCAACGCCCCGUCGUCGAAUCAUGAGUCUUCCGAUGGCUCUCCCGACAAUGAUGACAUCCUUCUUGAGCGUCUAAACCAACCCGCAUCGCUCGAUGCCGAUGCCAACUCAGACGAUCUUCAGCAAUGGACUGCAGGCGACGACCACCUUGUCACUGAUGAGGGCACUCAGAUUGUGCCAUGGGAACACGUGGCCGGCUUCCCUACGAAAGAUCUCGCUAGUGUUUUGACACCAGGCAGAGCCUAUCACAAGAAACUUUUCCAACUUUCUCUAGACCCUCUGUAUUGUGUCUCCUAUCCUAUCCAUGUCCCCGAAAGCGGGAGCUGGAAAAAGAAGAAAAAGAAAAAGGGGAAGCCAGAAAGAGCCAAGUCUGUGCGGACUGAAGAGUCGGCUGUGUUGGUUGACCUUGACCCAAAUGAAAACACUGACGAAGCGCCCAACGGCGCUGAAGCGUCGCAUACAGAGUCUAAAGAGGAAGACAAGUCUCAUCAGGAGGAGGCGGACGAUAAGCGUGCCUCCAUGACUAUGUUUAACUUGGUUUUCUUCCUCAAUCCGAGGAAGCAUGAAGCCAAAGAGCUGAUUGCUACUUUGUACCUGAACAUCAUAAAGAAGGUGAACAAGGCCUACAAGUAUUGUCAGCAGCACAGUGAGUUUGUAUGGAAAGAAACAAAGCGCAUUUCCGCUCUCAAGGAUAAAGGCCGUGAAGAGAAGCGCAAGAUGAGCUCCUUGUGGAGCGAGAUAUUGGCGACAUCAUCACUAGCGGCGUCCGUUCAAGACAUUUACGAGGCUGUAUCACAGAAUAAGAUUGCAGCUCUACAGCUGGACACCGCAGCCGGGCCCAUUACUCCAUCGGUGCAGAUACCUGUACCGUUCUACGUCACAGACCUGCCACAAAUUGGGGAAAAGGAGCAAAGAGGCCUUUGGUUGACGACAGCUAAUUCCUAUAUUGGCGAAGAUACCAUUGAUGAGCCAGGGUUUUUGGACCGUAAUUUUGCUCUACUCCUCAUGGGCGACGAGAAAAAGAUCAUUGCCGAGCUCCAAGCAGACCCCGACCCGAGUACGGUUGCCAUGGUUGAAUUCGCUCGCUUGUCAAAGCCGACGCAAUCUUUUUAUCAAGUUGGGCAGAGCAACGUCCUGACGUUGAGUCAAGUGCGUAAAUACGCGCAGCACUUCAUUUUCUGGCGUCGCGCCAUCGCCAUACCACCCUUACACGCGCGUGACAUCUACAUCAUGUCCCCAAACUGUGACACUCGAAAUCUUUCCAGGGCAAGCCUCGAGUGGCAGAAGACAUUUCCACUAGCACCGCCAUUAACUAACUUCCUCGCCGAGCUGUCUUACGCCCCGCGGCCGUACAAGCACUUUUGCCCUAGCAAGGCACACCGCCCAACAUACCUUGCAAUGCUGGCCUGGCUGAUGCGUGGAGGCUGGGUGACCCAGCUUUGCUCCUUUGCUUACAUAGUUGUCUGGCCAGAGAUUAUCUACGAGGUUGAACACAAGCUUGAAAGCGAUGAGCUGCGCAAAUCUGAUGACGCUCAUUCCCUCAGUACCAGCAGCGGCGCGCGCAGUAGCUCAGGUCUCCUCGAUUCCGUCGAUGAACAGUCGGAGACUGACGGGCUAGAAGCGGCGCAUGUGCCGACUAUGAGCGAGCAGGUUGCGGAGAAGGCUCGUCUCGAGCGCAUCGCUGAAAAGACGCAGCGCGAAGCAGCGGAGAAGGCCACGGCGCACGCGCGAAAGGUCCUCCCUACGGCAACGGACCACCCGUCAACCAACGACGCGCCCCAUCUGGCCCGUAUGUCACCUCACAUCAUCUUGGAUGCGAAGAAGGCCACGGGCAAGGAUUCGCUCUACCUGUCGGCCAUUGGCAAGCGUUUCGAGGACCCCAAGGUGGCCAAGGCAUGGCAGGUCUUUGGAAAGUAUUUUGACGGGCAAACGGCGCUCGAAAGGAUCGCGUUGCAGGAGGAUAUGAAGCGUAAGGAGGCGUGGAAUCUACUGAUGGCGAUGAGCGAGCAUCUCAUCUGCGUGCGACACUGGUAG